ACACAGUCGCUUCUUGAUGACAUCACAGACGCGCUUUCCUGUAUCCGAGCUUCAUUUUCGGAAACCUAACCAACGUGAAGAUGGCCUCGGAGUCUAACAGCAACGACAUAUUCGAUUGUAUCGUCAUGGCGGAGCAAACUUUCCACGGAGAGGGCUACCAAGAAGGUUUUGAGAAAGGAACAGCCCGAGGUCUCCAGACCGGCCGCAGACACGGAGCUUCUCACGGUGCCAAACUUUCCACCGAGAUUUCCUUUUAUUAUGGAUUUGCCAUCACCUGGAAAAGUCUUCUUCAGCACAGAACGGAGCCCAAACUAAAGAAACGCCUUAAAGUUGUCGAAAGUCUUUUGGGUUUGAUCCAAAAUUCCAGCUUGGAGGACCCCAAGUCCGAAAAACUGAAGGAGGGGAUGGAGAAGCUCCGAAGCAAAUUUAAACAAGUCUGCUCCGUCCUCGGCCUCCAGACUGAUUUUAAGGACUACACUAAAACGACGGACGGAGCUUCUUUCUAGACUCGUGUUCAGCUGCAAUGGCAUCUCUAAUACGGCAGAGGGCGACAAAUGCACACUGCAGACUAUACGGACGGGCAGCGUGCCUCUUUUGUCUUCGUUUUAGACAAUAAUCUCGUUUUUACGCAUUUUACAACACUGAAACUCAGGAAAACACAUGAAAAACCUUCCUACUGCUUGUAUUUCAUAAAUUAACAUAUUGGCUGCCAUUGACAGCGAUUGACGUCCAAUUCAUUUGCACUCAAUGUAUGCUUUAAAUAGUCGUGACCACGUUGUAAAACUCCUCUGUCAUGUAUAAUUCAUAUAAAAAUGUGUAUACUUUCUUAAAGCUUUACAUUCACUUUUAACUCAUUGGCUGCCAUUGACGGUGAUAGACGUCCAAUCUUAUUGGACUCCUCGGUUUCCCUGUGAACAGUCAUGAGUAGGCCUUAAUGUUGUGUUGAAUAUUUGUACCCACUGGCAUAUUUGUUUUUGCCUUAUAUAUUUAUUUCGUUUUGGGUAUGUAUCGUUGAUUGAUCACCUUUCGUCUGUUCACUCGUUAAUAAAAUAAAAUAAAAAAUUAAAAACUGGAUUAAAAA